AUGGCUUUCACAGCUGAAAGUACUGGUAGGUGUGAAGAAAUGGUGUUCUCAGUGGAGUCUCAGAAGACAGUUCCUGCUCCGUUUCUUACAAAAACAUACCAACUUGUUGAUGAUCCUCUCACUGACCACAUUGUGUCUUGGGGUGCAGAUGAAACCACUUUUGUUGUUUGGAGACCUCCUGAAUUUGCUAGAGAUCUUCUUCCCAACUACUUCAAGCACAACAAUUUCUCAAGCUUCGUUAGGCAGCUUAACACCUAUGGUUUCAGAAAGAUAGUUGCAGAUAGAUGGGAGUUUGCAAACGAAUAUUUCAGAAAAGGAGCGAAGCAUUUGCUAUCAGAGAUUCACAGAAGAAAAACUUCCCAGAAUCAUAAUUAUCACCAACAAGUAAACUACCAUGAAAAUCCAACUCAUUUUCUCCAAUUACCCGAUCAGGAAAAUUUUUGUUGGGUAGACUCUCCAUUGCCAUCACCAAAUUAUAAACCUCCGACCGAUAUUCUGACAGCACUCACUGAAGAUAAUCAACGUUUGCGCAGAAGGAACUACGUGCUUUUAUCUGAACUCACUCACAUGAAGAAACUCUACAAUGACAUUAUCUUCUUCAUUCAGAAUCAUGUAAAACCAGUUGUUCCGUAUGACUAUGCUCAUAGAUCAACGGUUCACAAUUAUGCAGAACCUAGGCUCAGAGAACUGGUUACUGUAAAUCAAGGAGUGGUUAAGUCAUCUUCAGUGACUGUAACUGAGGAACCCAAGAGUACUUUGAAGCUCUUUGGGGUUGCUCUCAGUGGGAAGAAGAGAUUACAUCCAGGAAAAGUAGAAGAGGAAGAAGUUGAAUAG